AUGUCUAACGAACAGCUUGUCACACUCACUUACCAGGACCGUAUCGCGGUCGUGACGCUCAACCGGCCCGAGAAGCUGAAUGCUCUCAACCAGGACCUCUACUGCCUACUGGGUGAGAGACUGCGAGAGAUUGACCAACGCGACGACAUCUCUAUUACCGUUAUCACCGGCACUGGCCGGUUCUUCUCCGCCGGCGCCGACGUAACAAUUUCCCGGCCCAACGGCAACCUCAGCACCAGCGUGCGGCGCGACCUCGUGCGCAGCUUCGUCUCGAACAACGUCGACAUAACCCGCACCUUCUACAACCACACCAAGAUCCUGGUUUUUGCGCUGAACGGGCCCGCCGUCGGGCUCUCAGCUGCGCUAGCCGCCCACGCAGACUUCAUUUACGCCGCCCCACACACCUUCCUUCUGACCCCGUUCUCGUCGCUGGGCCUCGUCGCCGAGGGCGGCGCCAGCCGCGCCUUCGUCGAGCGUCUGGGAAUCGCCAAGGCGAACGAGGCGCUCAUCAUGAGUAAGCGCAUCACCUGCGACGAGUUGGUGGCUGCCGGGUUCGUGAAUAAGGUUAUUCAGGCGCCCUCUGGCAAGUCGGAUGAUUCGGCUGGGUUUCUGAGUAAGGUUCUUGAGGAGGUUGAGGAUCGGCUUGGCUCGCAUCUUAACCAGUCCAGUCUGCUGAAGAUUAAGGAGCUGGUGCGGCGGCCGGAGCGCGAGAUCUUGGAUCGCCAGAAUGGGAUUGAGGCGUUUAUGGGUCUUGAGCGGUUCUUGCUCGGCGUGCCGCAGGAGGAGUUUCGGAAGUUGGCGUCGGGGGAGAAGAAGCAUAAACUGUGA